CACUUUCCCACAAUCCAAGGCACAGAAGCACACGGCGAACACCAGCGAUGAGCAACAUCUUGAAGGUGGUGAGCAGGGGAGCACUGUUGCGGGAUCAUCCACAGCAGCUGCACUCGAUAUGCAACUCUUUGUACCAGUACGGUGUUGGCAAGAAGGUGUGCCGAACCAUCUGGUCAAAGUGGGAGGAGCCGUGCUACUACACCAUCACGCGCGUCAGGAAACUGGGCCUGAACUCCGUGCGUGCAUGGGGAUACUUGACAUUCCGUGGCCAGACGUCAGAGAAGCCAGAGGAGAUUCGCAGCAGUCGCAAACACCAGUGGUAUCUGGUGGAUGAGUGAUGUGCCAGAGUCGUGAAUGAUGUCGAUAGAGUUGCAGGGCUUGUAGUUAACAGGCGUGCAUGUGCAAGGCUGUGUAUUUGAAGGUUGCUCGUGAACGUGUCUCUCUCUCUCUCUCUGUGUGUCCCUCUCUCCUUCUCCGUUUCCCCCUCAAUUACGUUGCUUGAGUGGGUCAUUUUGCUUCAUGUGGGACUUCGUUGGUUGGUUGGUUGGUUGGUUGCCAUCACGCAGGAGCGAACUCACAAGGGGGGGGGGUGGUGCCUGGGUGCGUUUCGUGCGGUGCUUUGUGCGUGUGGAAGUGGUGUGUGACGCAGCAAUACAGCGAUGAGAUGGCA